AUGAAAGAGAUAUUUUCUAAAUUUGGUGCAAGAUUAGAGACAUUAGACGCGUCGUUCAACUUUUUUCAUGAUAACACAUUAAGUGCCGAUAUAUUUCGCAAAGUUAUCAAACUAAAACAUCUUUACUUAAGUCAAGCAUCGAUUUCGUAUGUGAAUGCCGACACAUUUUCCAAACUUGGUGAACUGAUCACAUUGGAUUUGAGCCAUAAUUCAAUUGCAACAUUCGAUGAACACUUGUUUGAAAAUAACAAAAAAAUGAAAAGUUUGCAUUUGGAGAAUAAUCCACUGAGGCGCGUCGAUUGCAAUAUUUUCAUACCAAUAAUGAACAAAGCUGUAGUAAAUUUUACUUGGGCUAAUGUGGAUGAGCUCAGUACAAGUUGCUUCAAAAAUUCAGUCGAAUUUAAUUUGGAUCAAAGAGAUGAAAUAAUUGUUCGUGUGCCACAAAAGAGCUUCGAAUUUCCUAUAGGCAAGGAAAAGUUCCAAAAGCUUACUUUCUUGAAUAUUUCUGAAAAUCAAUUGAAAAACGCUCCGAAAGUCAUCGAUUUUGUGGGAACAUCAAUCAAAACACUCGAUCUCUCAUCAAAUUUCAUUGGACCAAUUAUAGCCGAGACAUUCGAAAGAUUCGAAAAUUUGGUGUAUCUCAAUUUAAGCCACACAAAUUUAUCGAAUUUCGAUUUCAGCACUUUCUAUCAUCAAAGGAAUUUGGAAGUUCUCGAUUUGUCCUUUAAUCGUCUGCAGAAAGUCAAUUUCACUUUAUUGUACAGAAACUUCUUAUGUUUAGAAACACUUCGUUUGGAAGGAAAUGAAUUGACUGAGAUAAAUAGUGUGAAUCGAGCGAUUUUCCCGAAGCUAUCUGCUUUGGGCAUUUCAAGAAAUCAUUUCUCUUGUGAUUAUUUGGCAACGUUUCUACCACCAUGGCAAGAUAAAGUAAAAUUAAUUAUUUAUCCAACGAACAAAACAAACAUCGAAAAAGUCGAUUGUCGUCACGGACAGAAAUCAAAUACCAUUAAUAUUGAAGUAACAAUGGAAAUAAAUUCAAAGCUCGAUUUAACGGAACUCAAAACCACAACCGGUAGCAGUACACUCAAAACAACAGAGAGGGAUGGAAAGGUGGAUACAAAAAUGGACAAUGAACGUCAUGUUGUCAUAAAUGUGGAACAGAGCUCUCUUUCAGCAGACGUACGUGUAUUAAA